CCCGGCAAAUGGCGACGGGGAGGCGGGAGCUCCAGGCGGUUAAAGCCGCUGCAUGGCGAGCUCCAGUGGGUCUGCCUUCCACCAGAGAGGCGGUUAAACAGGAAAUUUCAAAAUAGGCAUCCUCUGCACCUAGACUGGGCGUCCGCACUACAGUUGCCUGCUCACGGGGGGACGCUGUAUUUGCAUUCGAAGGGGACGGCAAGAUGCUGAGUCUGCAGAGGGCUGAGGGGUGCCGCGGCCGCCUCGACGGCACCCGCCUGCUGACGCGGGGCUGACGGAGAAGCGCGGCGGAGCGCCGGGGCUUGCAAAACAGCCUGCGGCUUCCCAAGUCUGCAUCCGGGGAGCAGCCGUCAGCGGCGUUUUCUGAGCCCGUCACCCUGACAUUCUCGAGCCUGUUGCAGCUGCUUCAGGUUUGCGCUGCUGUUAUCACCUUUGCAUGAGGAGCCUGUGCCUCAGGCUGACAGACGGACAGACGCGGAACAGGAGACAGCUCCAGCGGCCUCACCUCGGGCUCAAAGACCCCACCAAGAUUAUCGGAUACCCCAUGAGAGUCAAUAAACAGUAAAUGUGGAAAACAGUUGUGGAGCUACUUUGGGAAAUCAAGAGAGAAAAAAAGGUGCAAAAUGCAAAUGGCAAUGUUGAAACAAAUCAGGGUAGAGGGGCUGAGCUCUGAGCCCCCUCAGCUGGUUCAGCCCUGGCUGUGCCUACUUCAGAGGAGCCCAGAGCCACCCUGUGCAACGUGGUGACCAUCCUCUUCUACGCCAACAUGUACUCGUCCAUCCUCACCAUGACCUGCAUCAGCGUCGAGCGCUUCCUGGGCGUGGUGUACCCGCUGGCCUCAGCGCACUGGCGCCGGAGAUGCUAGGCGGUGGCCGCCUGCGUCGGCAUGUGGCUGCUGCUGCUGGUCGCGCUGUCCCCGCAGGCCAGGACGGACCUCACCUACAAGGUGGAGGAUCUGGGCAUCGUCAGGUGCUUUGACGUGCUCAAGUGGACCAUGCUACCCAGAGUGGCCACCUGGGCCGUCUUCCUCUUCACGCUCUUUGUCGUCCUCUUCCUCGUCCCCUUCGUGAUCACCGUGGCCUGCUACACCGCCACCAUCCUGACGCUCAUGCGCGCGACCGGCCGCUGCGGCGACGGGCAGAAGCGGCGCUCCGUGUGCCUGGCGGCCGUGGUGCUGCUAGCUUUCGUCACCUGUUUUGCGCCAAAUAAUUUUGUGCUCCUCAUGCACAUGGUGAGCCGCCUCUUCUACGACAAGAGCUAUUACCACGUGUGUUGGGGACGAUUAAGGUAGCAUGUAUAAAAUCCACCCUCAGCGAUGCCGGAGAUAUGCAACAUGACCGCUAGGGCUGAUGCAAUAGCGGCUUAAGUUGCCCUCAGCCUUCUACAGAAUUGAUAGCUGUUCUCGCCUAAGAUUUGCGCCUAGAGUGCUAGCUUUACUACCUGCCUUCUACCCCAGCAACAGUAGCCACCAAUCCUGUGCUAGCCUUACAUCUGCCAUCCGCCCUAGCAACAGCAGCAGCCAAUCCUAGAC